UGGCAUGCCACCUCAGAAAAUUGACCACGUCUCUUAAAAACAAAAUCUAAAAACACAAACACAUAAUCUCUCUUUUUUCAACUUAGAAAGGAAUAAGAAAUUUACCCCCUCACCUCCCUGUUUCUUUGGCAGUUGGCUCCAAAAGUUAGGCCCCAAGACGAAGCGAGAACAAAGAAGAGAAAUAAAAAUGGGGCGUGGACGUGGAGUCAGUUGUGGUGGUGGGCAAAGUUCUUUGGGCUAUUUGUUUGGAGGUGGAGAGACUGCUAAUGUUAACAAGACCCUAUCUAAAAGAACUCAAAACCCAGUGAGGGCAGCAGGGGAGGCUCCUUCUCAGAAUGAGACUGCUCCUGCCCCUGCUUUUGCUCCAGCUUCAGCUUCGUCACCGAUUGAUAAGCAGCAGAUAGCAGCAGGCCUCCAUGGGAAGCCUACAAACAAUUACCACCGAGCUGAGGGCCAGAAUUGCGGCAACUUCAUCACGGAUCGUCCAUCUACCAAGGUUCACUCUGCUCCUGGUGGCGGAUCAUCGCUUGGUUACUUGUUUGGUAGUGGGAACUGAGUAGUCUUGCUUCUAUUCCGUGGAAUUAAUGCAUCAGCAUCUGAAUAUUAAGCACGGAUGUUACAUACUUUUAUGAUAAUAUAUAUUUAUCUGUAAUAUAAUUCAGAAAUAUCCAUGUCUAUAUAUAUAUUCCAAAAACUGUGGCCUUCAUGUGUUGUUUGCUUUAUAUAGUGGAAA